AUGGAAUUCUCCAAGAGACUCGUUUUCGCGUUAAUCUUUACGGUUUUUGCGAUGGUUAGGCUCUCAGAAGCUGCUCUUGAUGCUCAUUACUAUGAUCGAUCUUGCCCCGUUGCGGAGAAAAUCAUACUUGAAACCGUUAAGAACGCUACUUUGUACGAUCCCAAAGUUCCUGCUCGUCUUCUCAGAAUGUUCUUCCACGAUUGCUUCAUCAGGGGAUGUGAUGCGUCCAUUUUACUAGAUUCGACUCGGUCAAACCAAGCUGAGAAAGAUGGUCCUCCAAACAUUUCGGUACGGUCAUUUUACGUGAUCGAAGAUGCUAAGACAAAGCUCGAAAAGGUUUGUCCUCGUACUGUGUCUUGUGCCGACAUAAUCGCCAUCGCAGCCAGAGAUGCUGUCACCUUGUCCGGUGGUCCUUACUGGACCGUACUAAAAGGUCGAAAAGACGGGACAAUCUCACGAGCCAACGAGACAAUCAAUCUCCCAGCACCAACGUUCAACGUGUCUCAACUGAUCCAAAGCUUUGCAGCAAGAGGCUUGUCGGUGAAAGACAUGGUCACACUCUCUGGUGGUCACACGAUAGGAUUCUCCCAUUGUUCUUCCUUCGAGUCUCGUCUUCAAAACUUUAGCAAACUCCACGACGUUGAUCCUUCUAUGAACUUUGCGUUCGCGCAAACGCUGAAAAAGAAAUGCCCGAGAUCAUCUAACCGAGGCAAGAACGCAGGGACGGUCUUGGACUCUACUUCUGCGGUUUUCGAUAAUGACUACUACAAGCAGAUUUUGUCCGGGAAAGGAGUGUUUGGGUCUGAUCAGGCGCUUCUAGGUGAUUACAGGACUAAGUGGAUCGUUGAGACUUUUGCUAGAGACCAAAAGGCUUUCUUCAGAGAGUUUGCAGCUUCCAUGGUGAAACUUGGAAACUUUGGAGUCAAGGAGAUAGGAGAAGUGAGAGUUAAGUCUCACUUUGUCAAUUAA